AUGGAAUCACAAGAAAAUAUACCACCAUAUGGAAGUCAGACUUGUACUCCCACUCCAGCAAAUAUAACCUCUUCCUGUUCUCCAAAGGAGGCUCCUGUUGUUAAAUUGACUCGUCAAUCAUCCACUCGAACAAAGAUUACACUCCCUCCAUCUAUGACUAGACAGGAGUUCAAAGCAUUUUCUCAGCAAGUUGACAAUAGUUCCCUUGAGGAAGCAAAAAAUCAUCUCCAUAACUUAGUACCUCUAUUGCCUGAUCCUGUGGAAAUCAACAACCGUAAAUUGGUAGAGCAAGAAGAAAACAAGAUCAUUCAAGAAGAAAACAAAAAUAUCAGACGCGACACUGUUAUUUUCUUAAAGCGUCGCACUUCUGAGCGCAAGAUCAAUCUCGUCACGCCAACAUUGACAAUCACAACGGAAAGCUUUAAAAACUCAUCAACUGUUUCUCCAGCUCCAUCUCGAACACAACCUGAUUCUGCUACGCCGGUAGAAACGACACAUCCAAUUUUGGGUUCGACUUCUACCAUCAAUGCGGCCGCUAAUUUCGAUACCCUUCAUUCUAAUGGAAAGCAAGCCAACAAAUCCCAUGAUGAUCCAACUACAGUAGAACCUGAGCCUGCAGGUGUCGGCGAUUCUGCGAUGACGUUCAGUGGACAGCAAAGUGCAACUCUCCGAAGCCACGUUGAUGAGCGUGUUACUAGCAACGUUCUGCCAUCUUCUAACGGACCAGCUACGCCAGCAUCUCCUCGCAUUUACAGCAUGGCUCAAACCCAUAGAUCUUCAGGAGUACAUAGCGCGCCACCCUCGUCAACCGGCUGGAUAAGCAAUCCAUAUGCUUCAAACAGUGGAAGCCCACCUGCUUCCGCUAUACGAUCAAUGGGGGUCUACUCUUGGCAAAGCCAGGACGCUGGUUUGCCUACUCCACCUGUGGUUCCAUCCCAAAAUCAACCAAUAACUCUGGAAUGGUUAUACAGCGCCCCUAUUCACUCACCUUUUACAUCUCCAGCUGGUAGCCGCCAAACCACACCCGAUCUUGUCUAUAGCAGUGAUGGCUCCGAGCUCGAAUUUGGCAAGAGAAAAGCUAAUGGUCCCGCAGAUAACGAGCUUGGGCACAAGAAAGUCAAGUCUGAAGUUCCCAGUGCCGAGGAUACUGAUGGUACUGUUAUUUCGUCUCCACAACAAUAA